AUGCUACAUCUUGGUAAUAGUUCAGAGUUAAGAAAGUCGGAAGCAGAAAAACUGUCUGAAGAUCAAGAAACGACAGUAGCGGUUAGUGUACACGUAGCGGCUAGCUCGAGUGACCAGGUAUUAUUGUCAACGGCGGAGGUACGAGUUCAAAACGAGAGUGGCGAAUCGCAAAUCGGACGUGUAUUGUUGGAUUCAGGUUCACAAUGCAAUUUUAUAACCGAAAGUAUGGCACAAAUAUUAAAAUUAAAAAAGACGCGCGUACAGCAUACCGUAUUGGGCAUUGACGGCAAAAGUCAAAACGUGAAGGCGGCUGUCGUAGUGACGAUUCGUUCGCGCAUUAAUAAUUAUAAUUUAACGUGUUCUUGUUUAGUUGUGCCUAAAAUUACAAAUAUAUUACCGUCAGAAAAUAUCGGAGGUGAAUGCAUAGUACCCUCGCAUAUAGAAUUAGCGGAUACUUCAUUCAAAAUUCCAAAAAAAAUUGAUUUGUUGUUAGGCGCGUGUCAUUUUUUCGAAAUAUUGGGUAAACAAAAAAUUAAACUGACAAUAAAUGGACCAAUAUUUCAAGAAACUCAAUUGGGCUGGAUUGUUUCCGGUUUAGUAACAUCAAAAUAUACGAAUGGCAAACCAAAUAAUGUAAAUUGCCAUACCGCGUUAGUAGAGGAAAACAGAAGUACUAAUUUGGAAAUUAUGGUAUCAAAAUGUUGGCGUACAGAGGAGUUUGAAGCGGCAGUACCAUAUACUACGGAAGAAAAAAAAUGUGUCGAUCACUUCGAAAGGACGGUUAAUCGAAAUGAAAACGGUAGGUUUAUCGUACAUUUACCGUUAAAAAAUGACGUUAAUAUAAAAAUCGGACCGUCAUACGAGAUAGCGCAACGUCGAUUUUUAGCAUUAGAGCGCCGAUUACAAAAUGACGAAAAAUUAAAAAAAGAUUAUAUUACGUUUAUGAGCGAAUAUGAAACGUUAGGUCAUAUGGAACUCGUAAAAAAUGAAGAAAAGUUAGGUGAAACGUGUUAUUUACCGCAUCAUGCGGUAAAAAAUGAGAACAGUAAAACAACGAAGUUGCGAGUAGUGUUUGAUGCGUCCUGUAAAACGGAAUCCGGAUAUAGUUUAAACGAUACACUAUUGAAAGGGCCGGUUAUACAGGACGAACUGCUAUAUAUAAUAUCAAGAUUUAGAACACAUAAAUUUGUAUUAACGGCCGAUGUACAAAAGAUGUACCGCCAAGUAUUGGUGACGAAGCAAGAUAGCGAGAAACAACGAAUUUUAUGGCGCGCGGACCCCUCAUUGCCAAUACAAAUUUAUCGUUUAACAACACUUACUUAUGGAACAGCACCGGCGUCAUUUUUGGCAACAGCAUGUUUAAGGAAAAUAUCUGAACUAGAAUCGUCAUAA